GAGAGAGAUGUGGAAGAGGAAACUGUGUUGGACUCUCUUCGUUCUACUAAUUGUAGCCAUGGUGGGUCUGGGUCUAGCCCAAACCAGGGCUAGAGAGCCAAUAAGCAGAGAUGAUUUCCCAUCUCACUUUGUUUUUGGUUCAGGGACCUCAGCUUAUCAGGUUGAAGGGGCAGCUUCCGAGGAUGGAAGGUCUCCAAGCUUCUGGGAUACUUUCGCUCACUCUGGAGGAGCAAUGGACAAAAGCACUGGUGACAUGGCCUGCGACGAAUAUCACAAAUAUAAGGAAGAUGUCAAACUCAUGGUGGAUACAGGAUUGGAAGCUUACCGGUUCUCUAUCUCAUGGUCUAGACUUAUUCCAAAUGGAAGAGGACCUGUGAAUCCAAAGGGACUGCAAUACUACAAUAAUCUCAUUAAUGAACUCACCAGCCAUGGAAUUCAACCACAUGUUACAUUGUUCCAUUAUGAUCUUCCUCAAACACUCGAAGAUGAGUACAAAGGAUGGUUAAGCCUAAAGAUUGUGAAGGAUUUCACAGCAUUUGCAAAUGUAUGCUUCAGAGAGUUUGGUGAUAGAGUUUCCCAUUGGACUACAUUGAACGAGCCCAAUGUGGGCAAUAUAGGAGGGUAUGACUUAGGAAUUUUCCCACCUGCCCAUUGUUCUUCCCCCUUUGGUUUCAAAAAUUGCAAAAGUGGCAACUCUUCGGUUGAACCAUACAUCGUUACACAUAAUAUCUUGCUUGCUCAUGCAUCAGUUGCAAGAUUGUACAAAAAGAAGUACCAGGCCAAGCAACAGGGAUUUGUAGGGAUCAAUAUAUUCGCCUACUAUUUAGUUCCUUCAACAAACACAACAGAAGAUAUCAGAGCAACUCAGAGGGCCAAUGACUUCUAUAUUGGUUGGCUUUUGGACCCUUUGGUGUUUGGAGAUUACCCUGAAACUGUGAAGAAGAAUGCUGGCUCAAGGAUCCCUUCUUUCACUCCAAGGCAAUCAAGACAGUUGAAAGGCUCAUCUGACUUCUUUGCACUGAACUAUUACUUCACAAUGUAUGUGAAGGAUGAUCCUAGCAGUCUCAACCACGAUCAGAGAGACUAUAUGAGAGACAUAGCUAUUAAGUUGAUAAAUAAAGCAAGAGGACUACCAAUUCCGGGUGAGCUCCCCGUCAUUCCCUUUGGUAUGCAAGGUGUGCUCGAGUAUAUCAAGCAAGCUUAUGACAACCCACCCAUCUACAUUCAUGAAAAUGGUCUUGAGACAAAGCAUAAUGAUUCAUUGAAUGACAUGUCAAGGGUGAAAUAUUUAGAAGGCAACAUUGAAAGUUUACUUCUGGCUGUGAGGAAUGGAUCAAAUGUUAAAGGGUAUUUCACUUGGUCCUUUUUAGAUGUCUAUGAAUUAUUUUAUGGCUAUCAAUCGAGUUAUGGCCUCUAUUACGUAGACUUCAACAGCCCUGAUUUGGAGAGAUACCCCAAGCUAUCUGCACAUUGGUACUCCAACUUUCUCAAGGGGAGAAGAAGAAGAAGCAAUAUAUGAUCAAUUCCCUUGUGACCAUUGA